AUGAACGGCUCUAGUAGCAUUGCGGUCCAUAAUCCUGAUGUUAAAGCUAAUGAAAAUUGUAUCACACAAAAUGCAUCAGCAUCAGCAAAGAUCGACAACAAUAAACCUGCGUGUUCUAAUGCACGCGAAGGACCAGAUGAAAUGCCUGAUCUCAAAGGGAAAGUUGAGUCACGACUACUGUCUAUGUGGAAUAACGUGAAGUUUGGAUGGACAGUGAAAUUAAAAACUACUUUUUCUAAGGAAUCCCCAGUGUGGCUUCUAGGGCGUUGUUAUCAUCGAAAAUUAAGCCCAACGGGUUCACUAGAAUCCUCAACAGAAAUUGGCACUGAGGCUACUGCUCAUCAGCCUAUUGAACAGAUAUAUGGAGAAGGCAUUGAAGGAUUUAAAUCAGACUUUAUCAGUAGAAUAUGGAUGACUUACAGAAGAGAAUUCCCAACAAUGUUAGGUUCAUCUUUCACUACUGACUGUGGAUGGGGCUGCAUGCUGCGUAGUGGACAGAUGUUGCUUGCACAAGCUUUAGUAUGCCAUUUCCUUGGACGUUCAUGGAGAUGGGUACCUGAAAAAGCUAUUCAAAAUGCUAGAGAAUUUCAAGAGGAUUGCUUGCAUCGUAUGAUAAUUAAAUGGUUUGGUGACAAGUCUUCAGUUAAUAGCCCCUUAUCCAUUCAUCAAAUGGUAAACUUGGGUGAAGCUUUAGGAAAGAAACCAGGAGAUUGGUAUGGUCCAGCAUCUGUAGCUCACUGCUUGAAAGCAGUCAUGGCUGCUGCUUCUAAAGAAAAUUAUGAGUUUGAUAACUUAGAAGUAUAUGUUGCUCAAGAUUCCACUGUGUAUGUUCAAGAUGUGUAUUCAAUUUGUAGAUUACCUAAUGGUGCAUGGAAGUCCCUUAUAAUUUUGGUUCCUGUUAAACUAGGAACUGACAAGUUUAAUCCUAUUUAUGGACCUUGUCUAACCUCACUGUUAACACUAGAUUUUUGUAUAGGAAUCAUUGGAGGAAGACCUAAACAUUCACUGUACUUUGUGGGUUACCAAGAUGAUAGACUGAUUCACUUAGAUCCACAUUACUGUCAAGAAAUGGUUGAUGUCUGGCAACCAAACUUUUCAAUGCAAUCAUUUCAUUGCCGGUCACCUAGAAAAAUGCCACUUAGUAAAAUGGACCCAUCAUGUUGUAUAGGUUUCUAUUUAGCAACACAGCAUGAUUUUGAAACAUUUAUAAAUAUUAUUACAUCAUUCUUGGUUCCACAAGGAGUAUCUGUAAAUUUUGAGUACCCUAUAUUCAGUAUAAAUAGUGGAUCAUCUAACAAUGUCAUGAACUUUCCUAAUAUCAGGUACUCUAUUUAUGAAACAGAGCAAAACUGGGUAACCCCAAAUAUUCAAGAUAGUGACACGGACAUUGAAUCUGAGGAAUUUGUGCUGGUUUAA